AGGAGGGCGAGGGGGUUGUCGCUCGCCGUGUCCGGGAGCGCCUCGGCCUCGCCGGGCGAGGUCCGACCGUGCUCCCGCAUCACCUGCCGGCCCGGCCCGUGGGGCUGGGGAGGCUGCGGAGCGGAGCCACCCUCGUGGGAGGGGACAGCGACCUGGCCCCGGUCCUUCCGCGUUCGGUCGCCCGCAGCCGUGACUCAGGCCGAAGCUGCGUGGUGGCACCCGGGCCCCCGCGGCGGCCGGAGGAUGGGGACCUCGGGGCGUGGCGGAGGUGGGCAGGGCUGAGGGUGGCCUGGCAGGGUGUCGGAACGUGUCCCCUGCCCGGUACCUGCCGGGGCUUGCCUGGACAUGCUGGGACUUGCCUCGCGAUGAGGUCACCCUGCUCGCUCUCCGGCUGCCAGCGGAUAGGAAGCCGCAUUUCUAUUUUUACUCGGGGAUGCUCUCUGUGGGUUGGGAGCAGGGCAGAGGGUCAGGGCGGCCCCGUCUGGGGGCCCUCCAGCAGCCCCUGGAUGUGCUGAGCCGGCUGUGUGGGUGGUGAUGUGGGGUGGGGAGCUGGGCUGGGACAGAUCUUUCCUAGACCUUCUCAGCUACUGGGGCUGGGGACAGGAGGCUCAUCCCCUAUCCUGGGGGAAGGCUGGAGGGGUGCACGUCUGGGGGUCUGUUGGGGUCCUGGCUUUGGGGAUCAUAGGUUGGGUGAGAAAUGGCAAAGCUGUCUUGCAUGCAGGGAUUUUUUUUGGUGUGUGUGAAUCCUUUUUUAACCAGAUUUAGUGAGCACAGCUACCGAAGUGGGAUUGAGUUCCUAAAGCCAUUAAUCCCAGAGUAGUGUUGUUUUUGCUGUGAUAACAAAGCUUAUCCCACAAUGGUGGGUGGUGCAGCAGAUCCAUUAGCCCCACACAUAUAUCAGGGGAGGGUUGCUUGGAAAGGAAGCCUUUGCCACUUACCAUGAAGGUCAAAACUGUUGGCAUUAAUUUGGAAAAAACAAACAGGGUCUUGCUCCUGGUUACCCAACAGCUUCUUGCAGUUGACAAAUUGGUUAAAAGUGGUCGAACUUGUAGCAUGUUCUUAUAGCUGCUUAAAAGGCUUCCUUGCCGCUGAGCCUGGGUUUUUGAGAUGAAGAAACUAGCCAGAAAAACAUCCAGUUGCUUCACUUGCAUGUGUGCCUGCCUGAGUCUUUGUGCCUGCAUGGAAAUGGGGAUGUGGUGGGGUUUUAGACUGAGGUGCUGGAUGCCCUGCCAUGGCAGGGCUUCACCUGCUCGAAGAGGAAUGGGGAAUGACAGCAACAACACUUGCACAUUUCCCAUCUCUCUGAAUCACUCCAGGCUGUGUUUGACUUUAGUUGUGUUUGAGCUUAUGCCCAAGACACCACUAAAAGCCCAAAACAAGUGUUGGCCGAUAGAGGCUCCACUCUGGACUGUUUCGAUGCCCAACAAGUCCCACCCUGGCUGCAGGCUGCUUUGCCCUGGCAGUAGAUGUGUCAGCCCUCUGGCUUGCUCAUGGCUCAUCGAACACCCUCUAACCUGCUCUGCUUUCCUCUCAGCUGCCACGAUGCCCCUGUCACAGAGCAGGGCAGGGCAGGUGCCAUGCAGUAGCAAGGUGUGCAGGAACCUCUUUGGCCCUGUGGACCAUGACCAGCUCCAGAAUGACUUUGAAGACCUGUUGAGGCAACACCUGGAAGAAGCUCAGCACCGCUGGAACUUCAACUUUGAGACAGAGACACCAUUGGAAGGACACUUCAAGUGGGAGAGGAUACUCCUGGCUGAGCAGCCUUCCCAGGAGGUCCUCAGCCUUGGCAAGGCCACCAGCAGUGAGAGCAGGAGCUCCUUGACCCACAAGGUCCCAUCUAAGGACCGUCUUGGUGGGUCUCAUGCAGAGGCGUCUCAGCAGAGCCCAGAGGUUGGCAGGGCUGGUUCUCCACAGCACUUGAAACGUGGGCAGACCACCAUUAAAGACUUCUACAGUUCCAAGCGAAGGGUUGUCCGUGACAAGCCCAGGCUGUGACUGCUGCCAUCUGGGACAGAUGCUGAUGUGCCCUGUGGGUAUCUCUGGCUCUUACCCCACCCUGUACUGUGUAAGUUGUGUGUAUCAAGCGAUGUUGAGUCUGUAGUUCCCUAUUUAUGAGUAGCUCUUGGGUCCUGAUGGACCUUCACUGUGUGCAAUGUAUAAAGAAGAGUAGGAGCCCAUGUUGAAGAUUGCAGCCCUGCCAAAGGGAUUGAAGAGGACUGAACGGGGGCACGUGGAACCCUCCAAGUCUAUCCUCUGUCCUGUGUGGGUAGGGCCAAGCACUGUCCUUGCACCAUUUUUGCACUAUCCUGCUGUCCAACCAUGGUUCUUUCCUGCCUGAUGGCCAGCUACGGAGGAUGUGUCAGCGGUCGCACCAGAAUUCAUCAAGGUCACCAGUAUGGAUUGCAGAGCAGUGGGACAGCCUGGCGCAGAGUGCACUGCAUCACUGGCAUGUGGUGCUGGCACAGCAGGAUGGACAUGUCUUGGUGAGCCUUCUACCACAUGGGGAAGCACAGCAACGCUUCCUUCCCCCAGAAAGGAAGUGCUGGUACCUGGACAGCCCUUCCUCUGAGUGGCUCCGUGAUGCUAUUGAUGGACACCAGAGUGGUGAUGUGCUGGAGGUCCUCAGCACAGCCCCUGUGGGGCCUGCAGUUUGUGGAAGACUUUGGGUUGCUCUGAACUCUGACCCAAACUCCCAUUUCCUCAUCAUGUUGUUGGCUUGAGUGGUGCUGUUUGCCUUCCUGUUGUGCCUCAUUCAGUGCUGACACUAGACUGGAGAGCUGCUGCUCUGGCACUGCAGGACUGCUUGAGGGAUGGAGUCUUGCCUGCCUGCGAGGAUGAAGUUGAGAGAAGUUGUAGCCUUUUCCUGGACUUUUUUUCUAUUAAGGAGCUGGGGCAGAGGACCCUUGCCUGGCUCUGCAGAGUGAGCAGCUUCUGUUGUCUCUGGGAUGUGAGGAUGUCCUGGCAGUGCCACAUUGUGCUGCAGGACAUGUCCCUGCUCUUGAGGGACUCAGCGCUGCCAGGUCUCAGCACUUUCACUGGGUUCAUCUCCUGCCCUGUUGCAUUUGGACUCUGGAAACUGGCGCAAGAUGGUCCCAGGUGGAGUAGGGAUGGAGUCCUCCUCCCACCUUGUACCAUGAUGCACUUUGCUGUCAAUGAAGCUGGCAAACUCCCAGCACUAAAUGUUUAUUUAUAAAAAUGCUAUUAAGGCUGCCUGGGGGAGGGGAAAUACCUGUUUGUCUAAAAGUGUAACUGAAUAAACACCUGUCUUGUGUAAGGGAA